AUGCAUUUUGUAUUUUUGAAAUUCUUUCCCUUUUUAAUUGCGGCAUUUAAUUUAACCUUCGCAUGGAAAGUCAAAGUUGAUCGUCAGCUCAAUGGAAUUGAUCACUUCGAGCUACUUGAUGACGACAAGAAGAGCAUUUGUACAACCACAGAAAAAGCCAUGGAAUUCUGCGCCAAACACCGGGCUGUUAUGGUCAGAAAUACAAGAAUAUGUCUAGAUGAUCAACAAUCGCUUUACUGUAGAUGUAAUUCCACAAAGUCGACGUUUUUACUGCACGAAGAAAGGUGUGUUGUUGAAGAAAAUGUUCCACGAUAUCUCCCGAUUGGACCUUUUCCAGGUAGGGUAUGACUUUAGAUUAUUACCAUAAUAUUUAUGGAAGAAAAAUCACCAUUUUUUUACGUUAAAAAUCAUGCGUUUGAUUUUGUAAAGUAACUGAAUGAUAACAAUAGCUCAAUGAACCACCACUCGACAGUGCGGCUUUUUAAAUGAGGAAUUGGAAUGCAGUUCCCACUUUAGCAUUUGAUUUUUUUUUUCCAACUCCACUGUCGCAAUAUUACAAUAGUCCGUAUUAAUAUAACCCAGUACAUGCAUGUACAUUCAUUGUUAUAAUUCUGGGGAAAAAUGGGGAAAAAGUGAAAGGCAAAUUAGAACGUAGAAGAUUGGUUAUCGAAAGUGAAACAGCUUUUUUAUUCAUUUCCGGCCCCUUUGUUUAUUGUUUGAAUUUUAAGCGGUAGUAAGUAAUACAUAGCGUUUUCUUCCUUUUUAAAAAGUGCAAGUGGCUGAUAAAAGUUGCGUUUUGUCUAAUAAGAAGCUCAUUUCUCCCAUGAAUGCAAUAAAAAUUCCUUUCAAUAAUUAUUAUUGCUACAGAACGCGACCUUAAAUAAUAGGCUUUGAGGUUAGACAAGAAUGGCAGAAAUUUUCUUUUUUUUUCUGCAUUGCAAAACGAAAUAAACUAUACGAGAAAUAGCGCUUGAACUUCUCGUAAGUGAUUUGAUUAAGCCUUUUUUGGAAAGAAAGCUUAAAUUUUAAAACAUAACGUAACUAUAAAAUCUCGCAGUGGGAGUUUUAAUUAUCGUGGGUGUAUGGACACGUUCGCCAUAAAAAGGCGUGUCGGUAUAAUCUUUUCCGGCUGGCCUACUUGCUUCGUUUUUGUCCUGAUUUGUCUAGUAAUUUCCCCAGAAAUUCAGAUAAUACCGAGAAAAAUCUUCCAAGCGACGUGCGAAUCUUUUAAGCCAUUUAGUCUUAAUAGACUCAAUGCCAAGGAACUAGUACAUCUAUCGCCAAAAAACAUCUGUUUAGUUACAAGGACCAAUAAGGAAAUGCCGUGAAACCAGAUGUGGAUGGGUUUCCUGUAAAAGAAAACAGUAUUAAUGUACUUAGCCCACAUACUUUUCUUAGUCUACCACCUUUUAUUCGACCUCUACCCGGAUUGCGUAGGUUGUUUUGAUAGUUUGUUCAACUGGUUUUCGUAAUUUUAUUUGCAAAAUAAAAUGCAUUUUUUGCGACGAGAGUUUUGGUAGGGGCAGGCCCUUCGCCGACACCACAUUAUUUUCAACUGAUUUUUGGCCCGGGGGGUUACUUGGGUUAAUUUUUGUUGGGUUUGUGUCGAUGGCCUCUCAGAGCCCCUACCCCAUUAUAGUCUAUUCUGUGACCAAUUAUGGGCCCCAUCUUAAUCACUUUUGGGCAAAUAUGUAAUUUUCGCGAUCCCAACUUAGUCACUCUCUAUGUAAAUAUCUUAUGAACCCUUUAAAUAAUUCAUCCUAAAAUGACUUGAGCCAUUUUUCACCUACAGUACAAACAUUCUGGUACGUUUGCUAACCUUCCGAAAAUGUCUGAACCCAUUCUAAUAACUCUAUUGAAAAUGCUACCCCAUUAUAGUCAAUCCAGUCGUGAAAAUGCGACCCCAUCCAGCGGCACAUCCCCAUCAGCCUCUUAGAAGGAAAUACCCCCCCCCCCCCCCCCCCCCUUUUCCAACCCUCCGAAAAAGUCUUAACCCAAUCUAAAUAACCUAAUGAAAAUGCCUCCCCCAUAAAAUCAAACCCGGUCGGAAAAAGCCGCCCCCUCCCCCCGCCCAACCCCCUCCGGCUCUUAAAAAGAAAAACCCCCCCCCCCUCCCAGGAUUUUUGGUUUGUUUACGUGAAACAAAAAAAGUGUGAAAAAUAAACUUAACUCAAGGGAUUGUCCUGUCCUGGACGACGAGUAGAAGUGGAAAGUGGAAUUCCUAAGAAAAUGAUAUCGCCUUUCCCAAGAUACUUUAGCAUUGUCUCCUCCAUUCCUUCCAUUUCUCUGCUGAAAUUCUUCUGGCAAUCGAACUUUUGUUUUCCCAAUUCACACCACAUGACGGUCUUAGGAGAAAUUCCGUUUGUGUUUUUGGAUAGGCCGACAUUUGAACGAACAGCUCUCCGGUGUACAAACAUCACGUGGUUUGAAAUCCCGUAGUCUUCGAGGACUCCCUAUGGAGCCGUAUGUUCCAUAGGGCCCUAUAUUAGGGCUCACCAGAGGGCCUUCGUAGCAUGCCAUGCCUGCGUAGCACUCGCUGUUUUUUUUUUUUUCUUUUUUUUAGGGCGAAGGGAGAAAUUUUGAGGACACCCGCGCGCUCGAGCAAAGAAAGGGAGAGGAGAUUCCUCUUCCGCCCUGCGCGUGUUCCUCGAGCGCGCUCUAUAAAACUAACUGGCGCCUGCCACUCAGUCGAACGUAGGCCCCCUGAGAGCUUGCUCGUAGGCUGGAAAACGCGUAGCUUGCUUAGCAUAUAGUCGAUGGAAAGCGAACCUGUAUUCUAUGAAAUUCUUUAAAAUUGCUCAAGAGAAAAUGUUUAAAAGCAAACUUUGAAAGAGUUGAUCUUUUCUCUCCAUUUGUUUCUCAAGACUGCAAGUUUCCCAUGGCCAUUCAAGAUAGUUCGAACCAUCGAAGCUGUGAUUCGAACCCAGUUCCCGCUCUGUUAACAAGUACAAAUGGCAAGCCCCGGAGUUAUUCGGUCUGCUCCGAGCUUGCAUCACGAGAGGUCAUUAGCUGUGACGUUUCCAAGGGUAAUUCCUGGUACUUAAACAAUGGACGGUGGAAACGAAUGUGGGAACUGUUUUCAAGGGGAAAGUCUUCCACUGGGUCGGAAGCUAAUUUGGAAACGAUUCUUCAAAAGGUAUUUUAUCUAUCUAUACGUAACCACAUGAACGAAGCCUCGUGUACUAGGAAACUGUUACACGAGACGAUUCGCAACGACGAAUUUUAGCACAACACAAACGCUAAAAAUCGUCGUUGCGAAUCGUACUGUGUAACAUCACCUUUAACCGAAGACGGCGACAAGGGUAGUGAAAACGUCGCUAAAAAAAUGAAUUUGCGUCCUUUCAAACUUUAUCGCGUCUAUUUGGACCAGCUAAAUUCGUGGAAUGUAGCGGUUUCUCCUUGAGAUGAAUUCUUAAGGGCCUUAACCAGCUUCAAAAAGAGAAAGGGAAAUUCGUCGUCGCAUGUUCACGUCCUUCAUAAAACGCCGUUUUAAGAGGUUUCAAGUCGUAGUCGUGCAAUGGACAUCAAAGUGGAAUGUACUAAAGAGCGUGAAGAUCUGUUUUUUUGCUUAAAAAAUUAAUUGUUUUUUGACGUUGUCGUUGUCGUCGUCCGGACGUGUUUUCUUAAGCUCCCUAGUUACUCGAUCACUCAAGUGACCUUUAACCCUUUAAGCCCCAAGGUCCACAUACAAAUUCUCCAGAGUGAUCUCCACCCAUUUCUUUUAAGAUUAGUUGAGAGAAUUUGGUUUAAGAUGGAAGCAUUUUCCCUUUGGUAAUCAAUUUAGUGAUUCUCAUAACCUUUACUCUUGAUGAUCUACUGAUGUUGUUAAGAGAAAAUUGAUGUUGGUCACUGUUGGGCCCUAAAGGGUUAAUGGAAAUGAUAGAGAGCCUAUGAGAAUUUUACUUAACCACAAACUAGGGGGCGGUUAUUAAGUACUUGAAAAGUAGACGCCAUUCACGACGGUCACGUAGAAUGUUGUUGGUUUGGUUUGCACUUGUGUGGAGGCCGGAGGAGGGUCCGCGUUUGACCUGAGAACUAUGAGACGAUGAAAACUAAAAAGACAGUGCUCGGGUUAACCUGAUCACUAAACUUCAAUAAACUUCAACUUCAACUUCACUUCAAAAAGGAACCCGUAAUUGAGUUACAUUCCAUAAAAAGGAGGAAUUUAAAAUACUUCUUUGUCCUUCACAUUAGAUACAUGCAGGUUAAUAAAUCUGCGGGCGAAUGGGCUCCCUGUGUCUCUAAUGGUCCUAUAUAUGCUUUCAAUUCAAGAGUAAUAAAGGAUGACUUUAAUAGAGUAUACACUGUAAACACCUUUCGCAUGCUGCUCCUAAGCGGAGAUCAAAUAAGUGACCAAUUUAAGUACUCUGUGAAAAAUUUGGACAUCAUGAAGUUAAGGGUAAAGAAUUCGCAGAACACGCUUUUGAUUUAAACACAUGGUUUUUCAUUUCCAUCUGUAGUUGAGCUCAAAUAACUCAAGAUGGAGUGGGUUUAUCGUUUCUCUGCAAGCAACUUGUACGGUGAAACUGGAUUUUCUAAGACUUCGAGGCAACCCACCACCUGAGGAGAUGAAAACCUGUCUUCUCCUCAAGAUCAACGGUUUCCACUUAUGUAAGUAUAGCGGUCUUUCUAGGUUAUAAAACGUAUGUCAUAUAAUGUGCGUUUUGUAUCAAUAGCUUUCUAAUUUGAGUGGUCACACUUCAGGAUUUCAUCCACAGACUCAAAAGUUAGAACCACGUUGUACAGCAUAACAAACAGUACCACAGGAAAGCACUGCUCAGUAGAUUUCAUUUGAAUGGUCACACUUAAGGAUUUCAUCCACGGACUCAAAAGUUAGAACCACUUUGUGCACCAUAAUAAACAGUACCGCAGUAAAGUACUGCUCAGUAGCUUUCAUUUAUAUGGUCACUUUGUACGUAAGUUCGUUUCAAGACUGGUUUACUUAAUUUUAAUCUUAAAUUUUCCUUUUUUCCUUCUAGGGUCACUGAAAUUACAUCAGAUGAACUUUACUCAACCAAGGGAAGAUAUAAUAUUUAAUACGACAAGGAAUUAUACCAGCCAUUUAGAAGAUUACACUAACACUUCGUCAGAUACAACAGUGACAAAGAGUGUUUUAACUACAACACUGCGAAUUCCUACAACAGCAACUUAUAGCAAAAGCGUCGAACCACAUAGCUGGACAUCUGUUCUUCUUGUUGUAUUUUACAGCGUCAUAUUAAUUGUUAUUGUUGUUAUUACUCUUUGGGUGUUGCGUGAUGAAUGUCGCCCGUCUCUGAAGACUGCUUGGUGAGUAUUUCCAACGUUUAACAUUUUCUCUGUUAACUUGCUAAGUGAUUUUGUCCCAUCACAACGGCCGUAGACAUUUCAAUACUAAACGGGUGAGACCUCAAAGCAAAAUCAUACAGCCGCGCCUAAGCGCGGGAAAAUCUUUGCGGGCAAGUCGCAAUGAGGUCAUUCACUUUCAGCUUGAAUUCUGAUUGGUUUAACUUAUGGCGCGACUUUUGCAGCCAACCACAUACUGUACCUUAUGCAACCUCGUCCCCAGGGGACGAGUAGGCGAGAGUCCUGAGAACGAAGUUGUACCAGAUGUAAGUCGUACCCGAGGUAGAGGUUGAGAGUUGAGACCUUUGUAUUUGUUAGGGUCUUGAACCAUUUUCCUUUAGUUACUAACUAGCUCUAAUAUCUCUGAUUUCAGGAAAACGUCAAAACGAAGGCAGAGCAUAGGUGUGUAAAAAACCUUAUUUUUAUGUUUGCAUUAUCAUUGAAUUAAAUAUUAGGUUAAGUUUCGUUUUCUGGUCGACCAAAAAACGGCCUUCGAUUCUUCCUUUUAUUUUAAAGAGGUAUUUUCCUCCCGACAUAUUAUUAAAGACAUGGACAAAAAUAUUUAGAAAGUAAAACGUUUUUUGUUACAGUAUUUUUGGAGUCCCCAACCCAUCCCACUUGAAAGUUCCAUGAAAAAAUCGAUCCUUAAGUACGACGAUUUAUCAUUUUUUUUUCCUGUCAUAGGAAAUCCAACGUACGAACGAGGCCGUACCAACAGCCUUUCUUUGAUGCCAAUGAGAACUGUCAAUCAUUUAGACCCUUCUCCGUACGCCGUUUGCCCCUGUGCUGCGGUAUAUCAGCCAAUAGUGGAAAAUACCAGGCCACACAACCUAAAUGAUUGCAGUAACUUGUAUGAGAGUUUGAAAAGCGUCAAGAAAAAUUCACAGCGAAGAGCGGCGACUAACUCAUUGUACCAGGAUUUGAACAUUACCAAUACAAAUACGUCGAGUGUGAAUGCGAAUUCAGAGGAACUGAAUUGUCCACCGGAAGCGGAAACGAAAACCCCUUCGUCGUUGGCAUCAAAUGACAGUAACUCUUGUGGA